CCUUUGUUUUCUGACAUUUACACAGAAUUCAUUUUCUGCUCUGUUUCCUUCCGUCUUGACGGUCCAGCAGAACAAACUCCCUGCCGAGUAUAAACUCGAUUGUCUUCCCUUUUUUGUUGUUUUGCAGACUCACUAUUUCGGCUUGUGGUUUCACAGUAAAUCUCAACUUCAGCGCUGGGUAGAACUGCAGAAACCUCUGAAGAAGCAGCUCGAUAAAUUUGGCAAUGAACCGCUGCUGUUUUUCGGCGUGAUGUUCUACGUGCCAAACGUCACUAAACUGGAGCAAGAAGUCACGAGGUAUCAGUAUUACCUUCAAGUGAAGAAGGAAGUUCUUGAAGGGCGACUGCCAUGUUCAGUAGAGCAGGGGAUCAGGCUUGCUGGUUUAGCCGUUCAAGCUGAUUUUGGAGACUUCAAUCUUUUUAAGUCCCAAGAUUUCCUCAGGGAAUAUGAGCUGUUUCCAGUGCAAUUAACCCAAGAUGAAGAAGUACUAGAAGAACUGACCCAGAAAGUAGCACAAGAGCAUAAGAGUCACUGCCGGAUGCCCCCUGCAGAAGCUGAGCUUCUCUACAUCAAAGAAGUUGAACGACUAGAAGGUUUUGGUCAAGAAACUUUCUCUGCUAAGGAUAACCUAACGAAUGAAAUUUCUCUUGGAGUUUCCUUCAUGGGAGUGUUUGUUAGGGACAGAAAUGGCCGAUCCACCGCAACAUACAGUUGGAUCGACAUUGUAAAUAUCUCGCACAACAAAUCUGCAGUUGCACUAGAGCUGGCCAACCGAGAAGAGACGGUCCUCUUUCACGUGGAAGACAUCGAAAUGGCAAAAUACCUGUCAAGGUUGUUUGCGGCACGGCAAAAAUUUGCCAAAGAGAACAAAAUUUGCACAGAACUCUCCCAUUCGCCUGUGCUGAUCAGAAGAAGGCCGACUUCCAGCAGGUCUUCCUUGCCGAAGCAUCAGCCAUUCAUUAUGACGUCGAUGCAUUCCCAGUAUGGAGAUCAUCACCAAGAAACUCACACUUCACAAGACAGUAUUUACCAUGAAGAUGGCAGCUUGUACUACAGAUCUCAAACGAGCCUUGACCGAUGCCCAAUUGACUAUAACCACAUCAAUGGAAAAGUUCCCAAUGGCAGCGUGUACAGCGCGCCGAGUAUGAACUCGCUCAAUCAUUCCUAUAACUUCAUGCAGGCCUCUCCGGUGUCGUCAAAUCUCAGCAUACCUGGCAGCGACAUCAUGAGGCAGGACUACAUUCCAAGUCACCGCCACAGCGCUAUCAUCGUACCUUCCUACCGGCCAACUCCAGAGUACGAAACUGUCAUGCGACAGAAGAGGGGCAUCGUAGCCAUGGACUGUCACAGUCAGUCGCUGAGGAACCUCAACAUCGGCAACACCUGUGCGUACAGCCAACCGGAGGAAAUGGUGUACAGUCAGCCAGAAAUAAGAGACCGCCAGCCUUACUUCAAUCACUAUGGGGUCCCAGUUAACUACAGUAAACCUGUGGUACCUUCAGCGCAGACGACGCCCGGCGGCUCCUCUCACGGCCAUUCGGCCGCCAGUGCCAUUUCUCACACGGUCAGCACUCCCGAACUGGCCAAUAUGCAACAACAAGGAACUCAGAAGUACAGCACAGCUCACAUGCUCAGGAACCAUUUCUCCCGACCGCCGCCUCCCUACCCACGUUUCCGCCCUGCUACCAGUACCCCCGAUCUGGCUAGCCACCGACACAGAUACGUUAGUGGCAGCAGUCCAGAACUGGUCACUCGCAAAGUUCAGCUGUCCGUGAAGACGUUUCAGCAGGACAGCUCACCCGUUGUGCAUCAGUCCUUACAAGAGGUCAGUGAGCCGCUCACUGCUGUCAAACAUCAUCAAGUUGCCCAAAAAAGGCAUAGCCUGGAGGUUAUUAGCAGUAUGGUUCGUGGAAUGGAGGCUAUGGCUCUAAAGACGCUAAAUGCGCCACUGCCUCGCAGGAAUACGCUCAGAGAGCAGGUCCAAGCAGGGGAUCCUAGUCAGAAGGUCCAAGAGGCCCCCCAGCAUUCCCAGUAUCAGCACUCAAAGACCUUUUCCGAUGCCACCAUGGUAAUACAUGGCAGUGAAAGUGAAGAGGACGACGAUGCUCCCGACUAUGAUGUGCUGAUACCAGCGUUCAAUGAAAAUAUUGCCAUUCACAUGCACACAGCUUGGCCUAAAAUGCCCAAUAAGCCUCCACCCGAGUACCCUGGGCCAAGAAAGACUGUGAGCAACGGGGCCAUGAGACCAGAACAGCUGAGUCUCGUUCCAGUGGACACCACCCAAGCCAGAAUGCUGGGAGCCGGGCCCAAUCACGCGGCCCACCCCUCUCGCAGCGAGCAAGUCUCCCUCAAUGGACCCUCGCUGGGACCCUCCCUAUCCGAGCCCGAUCUGACAAGUGUGAAGGAGCGUGUAAAGAAGGAGCCCGUCAAGGAGCGUCCCGUGUCUGAACUCUUCUCCAUAGAGGACAGCAUUGUGGAGCGAGAGAUCGAGCUAAGGAAUUUAGAGAAGCAAAAGCUGGCAGCUAUGGACUCCCUCAAGAGGCCGCUGAUGUUGGCAGCACUUAAUGGACUUUACACAACAAGGGUCCCAGCUCCUCGGGACAAGGAGGACGAUGCCAUUAAGAUGUCAACAGAUGAAAGGUGCAAGGCUUUAGAAAGAAAGCUGGAAGAAGAAAUGGUGUUUACGGAAUAUGAGCAGAUCCUCAAGAAGAAGACUGACGGUGACUUCUCCACAGCCAUGCUGCAGGAUAACGUCGAACGAAACCGCUUCCGGGACGUUAUUCCCUAUGAAGAGAACCGAGUGGAGUUGGUUCCCACCAAAGAAAACAAUACAGGAUACAUCAACGCCUCACAUAUCAAGGUCAAUGUUGGAAGUGAGGACUGGCACUACAUCGCCACCCAGGGGCCACUUGCCAACACAUGCCAAGAUUUUUGGCAGAUGGUCUGGGAGCAGGGAGUGAACGUCAUUGCCAUGGUCACGGCCGAGGAG